AGCUCUUGGAUCCGGGAUUCUCUUUACCUACCCCGAGAUCGCCACGAUCUGUGGGGUCCAGGGAGUGGUGGUCUAUGCGCUGUCAUCUUCCUUACCUCUCUUGAUCUUUGGCCUGCUCGGACCGAUCAUUAGGCGCAAAUGCCCGGAAGGAUUCGUCCUCACAGAAUGGACGAGACAGCGAUAUGGAGCAAUCGCCGGCUUGUUCCUCAGCCUCUGCACGCUGAUCACCAUAUUCCUCUACAUGGUGGCCGAACUCUCGGGACUUCAACAGAUCAUCACCGCUCUGACAGGGCUGGACGGGCUUCCAGCAGUCAUUGUUGAAUGCGCUGUAACGACAAUAUACACCUCACUCGGCGGAUUUAAAGUGUCUUUCAUCACGGACAACAUCCAAGGGGCCAUGGUCGUGGGCCUCAUUAUCCUCGGAGUCAUAUCAGUUGGCGCUGAAACGCACAUCGACCGCAGCUUGAUCAAGGAAUCCGGGUUUCUCAACUCCAGUCUACUUGGAUGGCAGCUUAUCUAUAUUCUUCCAGUUGCCAUUCUCACCAACGACUUCUUCAUUUCGGGCUUCUGGAUGCGCACAUUCGCCUCCCGGACUGACAAAGACCUCUGGAUCGGAGUUACUAUAGCAAGCGUUGCAGUUUGCAUUAUCCUGACGCUCGUUGGCAUCAGCGGGUUGCUCGCUGCAUGGUCGGGAGCCUGGCCCCUUGGCGAUGCGGACAAUGGAUACCUUGCCUUUUUCCUUCUCCUUGCGCAGCUGCCAGCGUGGGUCGUAGGCGUCAUCUUGGUCAUGACCGUUUCGCUUUCGACUGCAGCGUUUGACAGUCUCCAAUCUGCCAUCAUCUCCACCGGCAGCAAUGACCUUUUCCGAAACAAGCUUAGCCUGUGGAUCAUUCGACUGCUGGUCGUGAUACUAAUCGUACCGGUCGUCGUCGUCGCGCUCAAGAGUCCGGACAUCCUCCAAAUUUUCCUGAUCAGCGACCUCGUCAGCGCGUCCGUUAUUCCAUGCCUAGUUAUCGGCCUCUCUGACAAGUUCUACUGGUGGCGAGGCUUCGACUUCGUUGUGGGUGGACUGGGUGGCAUAUUCUCCGUUUUCCUGUUCGGCCUGGUGUACUUUAAGGGCGAUACUACCUCGGCCGGAAACUUGAUCCUACUUGAAAACGGUCUAUAUGCGAAUGACUGGAGCGCUUUUGGGGCAUUCGUGGCAGCUCCUAUUGGAGGCCUGCUGUGGGGCUUUGGUGCUUGCGGUCUCCGCCUUGCCACUCUAUACAUUCUUUCAAGGGUCAAAGGACACCGCUUCGACGCAUUGGACCGUCCCAUCCCUCAUACCCGCUACGUGGAACCGUACGAAGACCCGGACUCUGAGAGGGUCUUAGAGCAGACGGACGAGGCUAAGAAGAAGGGGAAGUUCUUCUAAGUGGUGACUACUAUUCGUUACGAAGAUGCACAGGAUAGAUGGAGUUGGAGAUAGAGACUAAAUUGCUACACUGUUGAUUUGGAGAAGG